CCACUGCGCAUGUCAAUUGACUCGAUUCAUCCCAGCUGCCAUACUCCACGAAUCACUCCGCCAAUCCAUCUCCGCCUAUCAUCCCCAUCGGUGAGUUCUUCCGGCCGGCCGCCGGCGUAGCCAUCAGCGCGGGACGGAGAGGGUGCAUGCCUACAGCAGCUCGACGGACAGACGGCGUGUGGGCGGACAGCGGCGGGCACCUGCGACAUCUGUUCUUCUCCCCUUCGAUCGGCGUGGACAUGGCCACUGGACGAGACGCCGGUAUUGGUGUUGGUCAGAAUGGUGAUAGUGCUAGUGUUGGUGGGGAGAAUGGGAGGAGGAAGAAGGUGGAGCUGUUGCAGGAAGCCAUCCAUGGGCUCCUGGAGGAGAAUAGGGUCAAACAGCAGCAGCACGGGGAAGAAGAGGGAUCCAUGGUCACGCGGGAUCAAGAGGAAGAUCUCCUCCUCUCCUCGUUGCUCUCCAAGCAUCGUUGUUUGUGUCCACAGCUGGACGCACAGGGAAAAGGGGUUGAUGUCGAUAAUGCUGAGCUGAACUCUUUCCAUCAGGAUUUGGAGAGCCAAAAGGAGGUGGGGCUAGACGAUAUAGCAAAAGACCUGAACAAGAUCAAGAGACAGAACAGGAUCACCCACAUCCUACUCGGCACGAUCAUCGUCAUGAUCGCCGCGUGGCAGUUCAACGAGGUGUCCUUCCUCCUCGCGGUGCAGAGGAAACUGAGCAAUCCUUUCAAGUCCUUGGGGGAUAUGAUCAAGAGUACCCUGAAGAGAGGGAGGGAGCCGAUGAUUGAGGCGUCGCCACUGCCCCCAGUCGGCAUCCCGGAUGUUAGUCGGAGUGAUUUGCAGAUGCUAGCCAUCGGCAACAGUGAUGGCUCCUAGAUUAGUGGGAUGGUGAAUACUGAUGGGAUGAUAAAGAAUGAAUCGUACGACAGAAAUCCCCCUGCAGAUUAUGUUGCUCGUCUUGUCUACAGGUCAAGGUUUGUAAGGUCAUCUGUUGGUUUAUCAAGUGGAAGGAAAUGGAAUUUUGCAAGUAGGUUUGUAAGGCUUGUAGAAUACAAGCUUAUAUUAGCUCUUAAUGAAUCAUGCUUUGUUGACAAAGCAACUUUUAAUGUGUCCCCCUAUCGUUGUUUCAUGUAU